UUAAUAUCGACUCAGAGGUUCACAAUGGAGUGCAUAAAAAAUGCAGCACAGCGCAGAGGUACAAAAUAUUGAUAGGCAAUGGUGGAUUUGAAGCUGUUAUACCUACCACACUACACUUCCUGAAGGUCGAGUUGUGGCUAUGGCUGUGAAACUCCUAUCAGAUGCUUCAAUCCGAAGAGACAGCUCGUGAAUUUGGAAAUGAGGUUAAAUCGCCAGAAUUAUGCUUGGGAUGCUGUAAACUAUUUUUCAACCAUGGGCGGGUUGAGGUGAAUUGAUUUUGCCCUAAUUUUCGAUUCGAAUUUCAAAUUGAAUGAUUGAAUUGAGAGAGAACCUCACGGAUAGACAUUCUGUUUUCUCCAAUUCCGCAUUCGGUCUUCCCUUCUUCUCCAUCUUCUUCUUCAACUGACUUUGUCUCAACAUCGUCGUGCUUCACUCGGCUUCGUCUCCGACUGAACAUUAAAUGUAUGCUCAGUGGCCAUUCCUCUUCUUCCUGCUCUUCCUGCAGUUGAUCUCCUGUUGCCAGUGCAGUGUGCCGGCCGAUCAUCAAACACCAUGGCUACGCUACCCCUGCCGCCUGCCGAACCACAGCUCCUACCCCUUCUGCAACACCUCUCUGCCCAUUGAAGUCCGAGCUCGAUCGUUAGUCUCCCUCCUCACCCUCGACGAGAAAAUCCAGCAGCUCUCCAACAACGCCUCUGCCAUCGACCGGCUUGGUAUUCCACCAUAUGAGUGGUGGUCGGAGUCCCUCCAUGGAAUUGCCUCCAAUGGCCCUGGCGUCUCCUUCAAUGGAACUAUCAAAUCUGCCACUGGUUUCCCCCAGGUCCUUGUUGCUGCCGCCUCCUUCAACCGGACUCUGUGGUCAGCGAUUGCGUCGGCAAUUGCAGUGGAGGCGAAGGCGAUGCACAACUAUGGCCAAGCUGGGCUGACAUUUUGGGCCCCGAAUAUUAACAUUUUUCGUGAUCCGAGGUGGGGAAGAGGGCAGGAGACGCCCGGGGAGGAUCCCAUGGUGGUGUCAGCUUAUGCUGUUGCAUAUGUCAGAGCUUUCCAGGGGCAGCACAACAAGGCCGAUGUCAGGAGGCGAGUCUUGAGCGAGAGUGUGGAUUCGGAUGGAUUAAUGUUGUCUGCUUGUUGCAAGCAUUACACAGCCUACGAUUUGGAGAAAUGGCAGCAGUUCACCAGAUACAAUUUCAACGCCAUUGUAACCAAUCAGGACAUGGCCGAUACAUACCAGGUGCCGUUCAGGAGUUGCAUCGAGGAGGGCCGUGCCAGCUGCUUGAUGUGUUCGUACAAUUCUGUAAACGGUAUACCUGCCUGCGCCAACCACGGCCUCUUACAAAAAGCAAGAAAGGAUUGGAAUUUCCUAGGAUACAUCACCUCCGACUGCGAUGCUGUGGCGACGAUCUACGAGUACCAGAAUUUCACUAAAUCACCUGAGGAUGCCGUUGCAGCUGCUCUAAGAGCAGGAACUGACAUAAAUUGUGGCACUUACAUGUUGCGCCACAUGAGAUCUGCGAUCGAGAAGGAGAAGGUGUCCGAGGGAGAUGUAGAUGAAGCAUUGGUUAAUCUUUUCUCUGUUCAGCUCCGCCUCGGUCUCUUUGAUGGAGAAUCGAGAAAUCGUUUCGGGGGAUUAGGACCUCAAGAUGUAUGCACUGCAGAGCACCGGAAAUUGGCGCUCGAGGCAGCCAAACAAGGUAUCGUUCUUCUGAAAAACGACGAAAACCUCCUGCCCUUAAACAAGCAUCGAGUCUCCUCGCUAGCUGUUAUUGGACCUAUGGCUGAUUCAACCGAUCUUGGCGGCGGAUAUACAGGCGUUCCAUGCAACCCGAGAAGCAUUCUCGAUGGGCUCCGAGAUUACGUCAGCGAUGCCAAGCAUGCUGUUGGUUGUCGAGACACUCGUUGCAACUCGAGUGCCGGUUUUGCCGAAGCCGUCUAUGUAGCUAAACACGUCGACUAUGUGAUUGUUGUGGUCGGGUUGAAUUUAACUCAAGAAACCGAGGAUCAAGACAGAUACAGUCUUCUUCUGCCGGGUCUGCAGAUGGCGCUCGUCACCGCUAUCGCUGAAGUUAGCAAGAAACCGUUGAUAUUAGUUAUUACCGGCGGGGGGCCGGUUGAUGUCUCGUUUGCCGCCGGGCACCUACGCAUCGGUGGCAUUCUCUGGAUCGGUUACCCCGGAGAGACCGGUGGCGAAGCUCUCGCCGAAAUAAUAUUCGGACGCAAUAAUCCAGGUGGAAGACUACCCGUUACUUGGUAUCCGGAAUCGUUCGUCAGAGUCCCGAUGAAUGACAUGAACAUGCGACCGGAUCCGUCCCGUAAUUAUCCGGGAAGGACUCACCGGUUUUACACCGGAGAUACGGUGUACGGUUUCGGGCACGGUCUGAGUUACACGAGCUUCUCUUACAAACUUGCUUCGUCGGUUCCGGGAAAGUUACAGAUAAAGGAACUGAGUCGACGCAGAAGCACGCUGUACGACGAUCUCGACUAUAUCCUCAUCGAUGAAAUACGCGACUGCAGUUUGCUGAAGUUCGAGGUGCAAAUAUUGGUGUCGAACGAUGGAGAUGUCGAGGGGAGCGAAGUUGUUCUUCUGUAUACGAAAAUGUCGAAAAUCCUCCGAGGCUCGCCGCGGAGGCAGCUGAUCGGGUUCGAGCGGGUGCGUGUUUUGCCGAAACGAGUAGUGGCUGCGAGUUUCAACGUCGAUGUUUGUGAGCAUUUGAGCAUGGCGGAUGAGAAUGGGAGCAGAGUUAUGCCUCUCGGCGAUCAUAUUCUGAUGUCUGGGAAUAUAGAGCAUAUUAUUUCCAUUGGGUUUUGACAGGUAUUUUUUUUUUCUUGCAUUUGGAUUGAUUGACGAUUUGUGGGUUUGUUUGUUGGGACAUUUAUUUAUUUAUUUUUAUUUAAAAUUUUAGGUUAAAAAAAAUUGU